UUUAAACUAAUUGCCUCCUUUCUUGUGGACGUGCAGAGUGGAUUAUACUCACCACGUUGAUGCAUCAGGCGUUCGGAAUACAGCCGGGCGAACAAGACGACGAGUGGCGGCGUGAAAACGCCGGAAGUGCCCGCCGAGCACACCGGGCCAGUUUCUUUUACCGCAGUGCAUCCGCAGCAUCCUCAUCUCCACUGUGGCGCAGCAACGUCGCUGGAAAACAAGCACAGCACCGAUCUUUUCUUCAUUUUGUAUUUAUUUAUCGUCCUUGGAUUUGAUGGCUUUGGACGCGCGACAACAAAGAUGUUUUCCUACGAGCAGGGGCGUCGUUAGAUAGAUGACAUCUUCCCAAAAAGAGGACAUAUUAGAGGAAGGCCGCUAACAUUCAGCACAGUAAAGCGGGAUUGGGGAUUAAAUAUUCCUAUUCAGAUUUGCGCUAAAUAGCAGCGGAAGUAGCCAUUUUAAUGAAACUUGCAUGAAUAUUUUGGAGCACACUUCUGGGAUUUGUGUUCCCUGCAAGCAUCUUUAAUGGCGUCCCCUGGGCAUCCUUCAUUAAAGGAGAACGUCAUCUAAUCUCCGGGGACUACAUGCGGGGAAGACUGUGAGUCAUCACUCCACCUGGAAUAAUGGACAAAAAGUCUCCCGUCAAUUAAAAGUCCGCAGCAAUAAUUAACUGUUAGCUGGAGCCAAAGAAAGGAAAGCAGGUUAUUUUGCACUUGACAAUGCAUGCUGGUUGAUUUAUUUAUGACUGUAGUCUGCACUUAAGUAGUGUUCUUAAGAUAAAAGCAUCAAUAAUAAUCAAUAAGUAGAUCAUAAGAAGCUUUUGCGUGGCCCAUCGUCCAAAAACAUGACGCCAAGCCACAGCCUGCUCCUUUUCCUCUCCUGCACAUUGUUCGUGCACCAGUGCCAGGGGGCGUGUGCAGAGGUGGACUCGGACACAGAGGCGGUGGCGGGCCGGGGCUUCAAACUGGGCUGCAUCUCCUGCAAGAGGAGGAGUGAAGUCAAAGCCGCCGCCACGGUGGAAUGGUACUUCCAGGCCGACGGGGAGGUUGACUUUGUGCAGAUCUACACCUACGAGGAUGGAGCCCCCACUGAAAGUGAGCACUUCAAGGGCCGCCUGGAUUGGAACGGAACCAAGAGGAGCAGAGACAUCCAGGACGCGUCGAUAUAUCUGCUCAACGUCACCUUCAACGACUCGGGCACCUACCACUGCUUCUUCAACCGCAUCCUCAGCUUCGACAACUACGAGUACACCACCACCAUCAGCAAACUGGUGCGCCUCACUGUGGUGGCCAAAGCCACCAGGGGCACGGCGUCCAUUGCGUCCGAAGUCAUGAUGUACGUGUCCAUCAUCGGCCUGCAGGUGUGGCUCCUCAUCGAGAUGAUAUACUGCUACAGAAAAAUAUCAGCGGCCGGGGAAGAAGCGUUAAGAGAAGCCGCGAAUGCGGAAUAUUUAGCAAUUGCCUCGGAAAGUAAAGAUAACUGUGCAGGGGUUCAGGUUGGAGAAUAGCCAAGGCUUCCAACUGGGACUGAAAAGAUACGUCCCGCUAACUGCAUGACAACAACUUUGUAGGGGGGGUGGUAGAACAGACAUCACCUUCAUCCUAAGUCUUCUGUUGUAUCUUCCCUUUACCCCAUGAAGACCUCAAAUGCACACGAAGCACAGCGAGAGAGAAGAGACAGCAUGGUACCAGCACUGUAAAUAUUUUGCUGCGCACAAAAGCAAAGCAUGUACUGACUGCAAUAGAGUGAAGACCCCAUAAUGCAUUAAUGAGCCACAUUGUCACAAGCAUACACUCUACUCAUAAAGUAUUAUCUCCACAUACUGGACAUUUAUGAGAUAUACCGUUUGUGAAUGGAAGCUUUCUACUAACUGGCCACAAGCCCAAUGUAUGAUAAACACCCAAUAUGUUAUUCAUGAACUACAAUGUGGUGAACUAUGUUGGAUUGUCUUUCCAAUUAAACUGCUGGGGCAAUAAGUGAAACAUUCAAUGUGCUAAUAAAAAAAAGGAGAAAACUCA